AGCUGCCGACUGCUGGAGGAGGGAAACCUGAGCAGAUUCACCUCGGGUGUAAACAUAGCAUACAGUUUUCCCUCGAAUUUAUUCCCACAACUUCAUUGCUACGAAUGGACAUUACUUUCUAAGGAUGGCUUUGAGACAGUUUGAGCAAGGAAUGCCUAUGGUUCCCGCUGGAAAGGAGCGAAGGAUGGAGGUUUAAAUCGAAAAGCCCGCCAGGUUUGGAUGGGGGAACUCACAAAGUGAUUGCACCGAGCGAACAAAAGGGUAGAGAGGAUGGACGGAGUAAGUCAGUUUGAGAAGGGGCGUAUCCAGGCACUCCAGCAGGAGAGGAUCCACAUCCAGCAGAAAACCUUCACCAAGUGGAUGAACUCCUUCCUGGAGAAGAACAGUGUGGCUGUGGGUGAGCUGUUUAAGGACCUUCAGGACGGGGUCCUCCUCCUGCAGCUGCUGGAGAUCAUCUCCAACGAACGUCUGCCGCGCGCCAGCAGGGGACGUCUCAGGGUCCACAAGAUCGAGAACGUCAACAAGGCGCUCAAGUUCCUCAAGGACAAGAGGGUUAAACUGGAAAGCAUUGGAGCAGAAGACAUUGUUGAUGGCAACCCAAGACUUACCCUGGGCCUGAUCUGGACCAUCAUUCUUCGCUUCCAGAUUCAGGAUAUCAAGCUCGAGGAAGAAGAAAGCAAUGAGAAGAGGUCUGCUAAGGAAGCUCUGCUGAUCUGGUGCCAGAGGAAAACUGCAGGGUACCGGAGCUGUAAGGUGGACAACUUCACCACAAGCUGGAGCAAUGGACUGGCGUUCAAUGCCCUCAUACAUGCACACAGACCAGACUUGAUCAACUAUGACAGACUGAAUCCCUCGGAGCACAUCCACAACCUGAACAAUGCCUUCAGCGUGGCCCAGGAGAGACUGGGCAUCUCACGCCUGCUGGAUGCAGAAGAUGUAGACAUUGCCAAGCCAGAUGAGAAGUCCAUCAUGACGUAUGUGGCUGCAUAUUACCACUACUUUGCCAAGAUGAAGAGUGAACAGACAGGGAGCAAGAGAAUAGCUAAGAUCAUGGACUUCCAGAUUGAGAUUGACCGUAUGAAGACAGACUAUGAGAGGAUGGUGGAGGCUUUGUUAGAGUGGAUCAGUGAGAAACAGGAGCAGCUGGACAGCAGACAGUUCCCCAACACACUAGAGGGUGUGCAGAGGGAAACCACCAAGUUUAAACAGUACAGAACUAUUGAGAAACCACCCAAGUACAAUGAAAGAGGACUGAUAGAAGCCCAGUUCUUUGACAUCCAGACAAAAUUGAGAGCAAACAACCAGAGACCAUAUGUCCCACCAGAGGGCAGGAUGCUAAAUGAUGUGGAAAAAGCAUGGCAGCAGCUAGAGUCAUCAGAACAUGCCCGGGAGAUUGCACUACGUGAGGAAACCAGCAGACAAGAAAGGCUACAACAACUUGCAGAAAAGUUUGAAAGAAAGGCGUUGUUAAGAGAAACGUAUGUGAAGGACAUGGACCGUGUUCUAGAUGAGAGGUACUUUGUAGUGAAGGACUCAGCUUCCGUGGAAGCAGCCAUCAAGAAACAUGAAGCCAUCAGUGCAGAUCUCCUGCCCAGGAAAGAAAGAUUCACCAUGCUGUCUCAGAUGGCUAAUGAACUGUGGCAAGAAAACUAUCAUAGGAAGGAAGAAGUCAAGGGAAGAGAAGACUCGAUAGUACAGAGAUGGUCACAUCUGCUCCAGCUGGUGGAGAGGCGGGGUCAGACACUGGCCAACUUCAAGGACCUGAUGGACAUGUUCAGAGAGAUGGAGAGCAUCACGGCUGAGAUCAAGGAGAUUGAGGGCCAGGUCCAGUCGGAGGACUAUGGGAAGCACCUGUUUGGAGUGGAGGACCUGCUGCAGAAACACCAGCUGAUGGAGGCUCACGUCAAGUCCCUCGGGCAGCGGGUGGACAGGGUCAACAUCAAGGGCAACGGCUUCAUCAGCAGUCAGCAUGCAGAGAGCGCAACCAUCCAGAAGAAGCUAGAGGAUGUCAACACCAACUAUGACAGGUUGAAGACUAAAAGUGGCAUCAGGAGAACCAAGCUGGAGGACGGUCUGAACCACUACGAGUUCCUGAGAGACACAGAGGAGGAGGAGGGGUGGGUGAUGGAGAAACAGCGCAUUGCCAAGUCUGUGGUGACAGGGAAGGACCUGCACAGCGUGCUCAGCCAGCAACAGAAACACAAGGCCCUUGAGGCAGAGAUGGCAGCUCGGCACCCCCAGUUGGAGGCAGUGUGUGGGCGAGGCCAGGCCCUGUGUGACUCCAAACACCCCCACCGUGGGGAGAUCAGCGUCAGAGUGAAGGGUCUGCAGGAGAAGUGGGACCGGCUUAAGGACCUGGCAGUGUCCAGACGCAUCCGGCUGGAGCAGGCCGUUCUGGCACAUCAGUAUUACACAGAUGGGAAUGAGGCAGAGUCAUGGAUGAGAGAGAAGAUGCCGCUGGUCUGCAGUGAGGACUAUGGCAAGGAUGUACAGAGUGCUCAGUCCUUACUCCAGAGGCACGGGUACUUAGAAGAAGAGAUCAGAGCAUAUGAGAGCGGCAUCCAGAAACUUGGAGAACAGGCACAACAGAUGAUCGACUCUGGGACAAUGAACCAGCUGCAGUCCACCAGCAGCCCCUCCAUGAACGGUGACCUGGAGGAGGACCAGUACCUGGAGGAGCUGGUGGAGGUGCCGUACGAGGUGGAGGUGGAGAAGACGGUGGAGAGGGAGGCUGUGAGAGAGGUCCUGGAGGACAGGAAGGUGCCGCAGGUCAAGGCCAUGUACAAGUACAGCGGCAAGGGCAUGAGUGUGGACAGGGGACAGAUUUUAGUCCUGACGAGUAAGACCAAUAAGGACUGGUGGUGUGUGAAGAGACCAGAUGGAGUGGAGGGGUACGUACCUGCCAACUAUGUCAAGGAAGUGGAGGGCAAGGUCGUACAGAAGAAGGUCAAGAGAAAGGUCAAGGUACCAGAGAAGGUCAAGGUCAAGGAGGUCAAGACAAGGAAGGAGCUGGUGAAGAGGAAAAAUCCACUUUACUCCAAAGCAUCAGCCCAGACCAGUGUGCACUUUGACCGGGACAACCUGGAGGAGAGACAACAGAACAUCUCAGCUACCUACAGGAGACUGGUCAAACUGGCACAGGCAAGAAGACGUUACCUUGAGGACUCGAUCCAGUUGUUUGGGUUCUACCGGGAGUGUGAUGAGUUUGAGUCAUGGAUGCAGGACCAGGAGAAGGUCAUGAAGAGUGUGGAGAGUAUGAAGGACAACGUCGAGGCCAUGAAAAGAAAAUUUGAGAACCUGAUGACAGCACUGGCUGCCAACACCGGCAGGAUGAAGAAGAUUGACCAGCUGGCUGAUGAGUUUGUGAAGACUGGACACAGUCAGCAGAAACCUGUCAGGGCCAGGCAGAAGGAGCUGAAGGAAAGAUGGGAGAGACUUCAUCAGCUUCAGAGAGACAAAGAGAAACUUCUUGAGGGAGCAUCAAGUAUUGAGCUGUUUGAGCGAACAUGUGACGACACUAAGGAGUGGAUGCAGGAGAAGUUUGCAGCCCUGUCCAACGAUGACCUGGGGAACAGUGUCAAAGGAGUGAAGGCACUACAGAGGCAGCAUCAGAACCUUGAGAGAGAACUGGGACCUGUGGAAGACAAGAUCUCCAAACUUCAGCUGUUAGCAACUGCUGUGAAGACAGCUCACCCAAGUGAGAAUGCACCGAUCGCUCUCAAGGAGGAAAGGAUUCUGAACAUGUGGCAACAGUUGAAGGACAAGGCAAGCCUGAGGAAGGCCCAGCUGGCACAGUCACAUGACACACAGAGGUUUCAGGAGGAGAAUAAGGACCUGAUGUCAUGGUUGAGCUCAGUGAAAGAGCAGCUGAAGAGUGAGGAGCUGGCCAGAGACGUGCUGCAUGCAGAGGAGCUGAUCAAGCAACACCAGGAACUGAAGGACGACAUCGCAGCUCACCAGGACAGUUUUAAAGAGCUGCAGCGUCUGGGCGAGCGGCUGCUGAGGAAGGCUCCGACCAACCGGGACCUGCGCAGGAAGGUGGAGCUGCUGAAACAGGAACAGCAGAACCUGCAGGCAGCCUGGAACAGCAGGGAUGAACAGCUGCACGACUCACAAGAACUGCAGCUGUUUCAUCGAGAAGCAGACCAGAUUGACUCUGUCACCAGCAGCCAUGAAGCAUUUCUGGAGUUUGAUGAGUUGGGGAGUACCGUGGACAGUGUGCAGGGUCUGCUGAAGAGACAUGAGGAGUUUGAGCACACCCUGCAGGUACAGGGUGACAGGAUCAACACUCUGAACGACAUCGCCAACAAACUUCUACAGGCCAAACACUACGCAGGCAGACAGAUUGAUCAGAAGAGAAACCAGGUGGUGGAGAGAAGGAAGAAGGUGAAGGGCAAGGCUAAGGACAGACGCGCAGCUCUCCAGGCAUCCCUGACGUACCAGGAGUUCCUCAGAGAUGUUGAAGAGCUGUCCCAGUGGAUCAGGGAGAAGUACAAGGCAGCUACAGACGAGUCGUACCGAGACCUGACCAACCUGCAGGGGAAACUACAGAAACACGAGGCCUUCGAGGCUGAGCUAAGGGCAAACACAGAACGACUAGACAGAGCCAACCAGGCCGGGAAGGCCCUGGUUGCAGAGAGACACUAUGCCAGGAAGGAGAUUCAGGAGACACUGAGGGACCUCAACACACAGUGGGCAGACCUGUAUGACAGGUCGUCAGACAAGGGUGUGAAGUUGCGUCAGGCGGCGCAGCAGCAGCAGCUGAACACCCUGCUGCGGGAGGCCCAGGACAGGAUGGAUGAGAUGGAGGUGCUGCUGGGGGUGCAGGACCUCGGCAAGGACCUCCGGGGAGCCAGGAACCUGCUCAAGAAACACCAGGAACUGGAGCAGGAGAUGUCCCAGCAGGCAGAGAAGAUCCAGUCCAUCGUGAGCCAGGCCCAGGCCCUGGCCAGGGCAGGACACUUUGAUGCCAAAAGGAUCAUGCAGAACACCAAGGACUUCCAGCAGAGAUUCCAGUCCCUGCAGGCACCGAUGCUGAGGAGGCGAGGUGAGCUGGAGGACUCAGUCCGUCUGCAGGAGUUCCUGCGGGACCUUGAUGAGGAGAUGAGGUGGAUUAGGGACCACAUGCCAGCUGCUACAUCAACAGACUAUGGCAAAAGCCUGGAUGCAGCUCUGAAACUACAGAAGAAACACCAGAAACUGGAGGCUGAGGUGACGGGACACCAGCCAGUGAUAGAGAAGGUACUCGGGGAGGGUCAGGACCUGAUCGAGGCGCAGCAUUACGCUGUGGAGGAGAUUGAUGGGAAGUGUGAGGAGCUGAGCAGUGCCUGGGCAGAGCUGGUGGAGAGGUCAGAGGAGAGACGGGCACAACUCAGGCUGUCUGUCGAGGGGCAGCAGUUCCUGGCUGAUGCCAAUGAGGUGGAGAGCUGGGUUGCAGAGAAAUCCCGUCUGGCAUCCAGUACUGACUACGGCAAGGAUGAGGACGCAGCUGAGAAAGCCAUCACCAAACAUAAGGCUCUAGAAGUGGACCUGUCCACCUACAAGGGUUUGGUGAAACAGCUGCAGCACAAGGCCCAGAAAUUGAAGGAGGCCGGCCAUGUCAACGCAAAGACCAUUCAGGACAGACAUUCUAAUCUGGAUGGCCAGAUGAAGUCCCUAGAGACGUUGAUGGGUGAUCGCAGUGUUCAUCUGGAGGAGUCCAAGCAGCUCUUUGCGUACGCCCGAGAAACCGACGACCUUCAGGAGUGGAUCAAUGAACAUCUGAUGAUGGCAGCGUCGGAGGACUAUGGACAGGAUUACGAACAUUUGCAGGUUUUGCUGUCAAAGUUUGAGGAUCUGAAGCACAAGAUGGGCCAGGGUCAGCGCAGGUUUCAGCAGUGUGAGAGGAACGCCACCCGGCUGGUGGAGAUGAACAACAGCUACUCACCUGCCAUUCAGGAGAGACAGGAGGGACUCAGGGAGUCGUGGACACUGCUACAGGAGCACACCAAGGCCAGGGAGGAGAAGCUGGUAGCUGCUGAGGAGAUCCACAGGUUCAACAGAGAUGCAGCCGAGGCCAUGAGCAGGAUACAGGAGAAGUAUGCAGCCAUCCCUGAUGACCUUGGAAGGGACCUAAACACCGUCCAGAGUCAGCAGAGGAGACACGAGGGGUUUGAGAAUGAGCUGGUGGCACUAGAGGCACAGCUCCAGGUGCUGAUUGAUGACUCGGCCAGGCUGCAGGCCCUGUUCCCCGGUGGGAAUGCUGAACAGAUAGCAGAGCAGCAGGAGGUUCUGGUGUCCAGCUGGAACGCCCUGCAGGAGAGAACAGUACAGCGUAGGGAGGAGCUGCAACAGGCUCUUGACUUCCAGAAGUUUCUCGCCUCGGUGAGAGACCUGCUUGCCUGGAGUGGUGAGACCACCCGAGACAUGCUGGCGGAGGAGGCGGCACGAGAUGUGGCGACCACAGACGAGCUGCGGAGACAGCACGCUCAGCACAAGGUGGAGAUCGACGCUCGAGAGGACAGCUUUGGGGCCAUCGUGCAGGCAGGGGAGAUGAUGAUGGACGCUGGUCAUUAUGCUAAAGAUGAGAUCCAGGAGAAGGUGCAGCAGGUGGUUGAAGAGAAAGGGAAGCUGCUGCAGACGUGGGAGGACCACAGGAAACACCUGGAUGACGCGUACAACCAGCAGGUGUUCAACAGGGACGCACAACAGCUGGACAGGCUCAGCAGUGAACAGGAGGUUCACCUGAGGAGUAGUGAGCUGGGCAGCACAGUGGAGCAGGUGGAGAGGCUCAUCAAGAGACACGAGGCCUUCCAGAAACUACUGGCAGCCCAGGAGGACAAGGUUGUUGCCUUGCAUGAGCUUGCUGCCAGACUUCUCGCUGAGGAACACUUUGACUCAACCAACAUCAAAGACACCCUGGUUCGAGUCAUGGAAAGGAGAGCCAAUGUGAAGGAGGCAGCAGCAGAGAGAAGACGGAAGCUGGGAGACUCCAUGCUGUAUGUGCUGUUUAACAGGGAUGUCAUCGAGGUUGAGGGCUGGAUAUCAGAGAAGCUCCAGAUUGCAUCAGACGAGUCUUAUCGUGACUCCACCAGUCUGCAGGAUAAAAUGGCCAAGCUGAAGAAACACCAGGCCUUUGAGGCCGAGAUCACUGCCAACAGGGAGAGGAUCAACAGGAUCAAAAAGCAAGGAGACCAGCUGGUAUCCAAGAACCACCAUGCUUCUGUUGAGAUCAAGCGCAGGGUGGCUGCAGUCCUGCGGGCGUGGCAGGAACUUCUGCAGGCGUCCGCAGCCCGAGGGAAGGGCCUGGAGGAGGCACGCGACAUCCUGGAGUUCACGCAGCAGGCUGACCAGGUCAUCCAGUGGGUCAAGGAAAAGGAAUUGUUAGUCUCAGCUGGAGAACUUGGGAGGGAUUAUGAACACUGCCUGGAGCUGCAAAAGAAACUGGAUGACUUUGGCUCAGAUCUGACUGUAGAUGAUGCAAGGAUCAAGAGUGUAAACAAGCUGGCUGAUCGGCUGGUACUACAGGCUAAACUAGACACCAAGGAUGUGCUAGACAAGAGAAAAACCAUGAAUGAGAGGUGGACUAACCUACAGGAGGCCCUGAAGUCCUACAGAGUAAGGCUGGCUGGUGCCCUGGAGGUCCACGCUUUCAACAGGGACUGUGACGACACCAACGACAGGAUCAAGGAAAAGGCUAAAGCCAUGUCUAGUGAGGACUAUGGAAAGGACCUGGCUUCAGUGGAGUCACUUCAGAGAAGACAUGAGGACAUGGAGAGAGACAUGACAGCAAUAGUGGCAAAACUAGAGGCACUUGGGACGGAGGCUGAGACGUUGGUACACAAACAACCCAACAUGGCCGAGGCCAUACAGCAGAAACAGGUGGAAGUCAUUGAGAACUGGGAGAAACUCAAUGACCAUGCUGAAGCCAGGAAGGAGAAAUUGGCUGCCUCCUACCAGCUGCAAAAGUUCCUCAAGGAGUUCAAAGACCUGAACACUUGGAUGAGUGACAUGGUAGGGAGGAUGACCUCAGGUGAACUGGCCAAGGAUGUAGCCGGAGCAGAGAACAUGCUGGAGCUCCACAACGAGAGAAAGGUGGAGAUUGAAGGAAGAGAGGAGUCAUUCAAGGCCCUGAGUACAUUUGGAAAGACGCUGAUCUCUGAAGGUCACUAUGCUUCAAAUGACAUCCAGCUGCACCUGGAGAACUUGGCAGAUGCACAGGCGCACCUGUUUGACACCUGGGAGGAGCGCAACAUCCUCCUGGCACAAUGCUACGACCUCCAGAUGUUUCACGAGUAUGCAGAACAGGGUGACACGUGGCUUGGAGGGAAGGAGGCUUUCCUCCACAACGAAGACAUCGGGGACUCUCUGGAAAGUGUGGAGUCGCUGAACAGAAAACACGAGGGCUUUGAGAAGACCCUGGAGACGCAGAUUGAGAAGCUGGAAGUGCUGCAGCAGUUUGCAGGCCAGCUGACAGAGGCGGGGCACUAUCAGUCAGACAAGGUGCAGCAGAGGUGUAAACAGGUCAUGGAGAGGAAGGAGCAGUUGAAACAAAGAGCCAGUGGGAGGAAGAAGCGACUGGAGGAGUCCAAAGCUCUGCACCAGUUUCUCAGAAACACUUACGAGGUUCUUGGUUGGAUCAAUGAGAAGAUGCAGACUGCACUAGAUGAGUGUUACAGAGACCCCACCAACCUGCAGAGCAAACUUCAGAAACACCAGGCCUUCGAGGCUGAACUGUCGGCCAACAAGGGCAGAGUGGAUGGAGUCAAGAGGGAGGGGGAAGACUUGAUCGAGGCUGACCACUUUGCAGCAGCAGAGAUCCAGGCAAAGGUUGUAGAGGUGGAGACCAACUGGGAGAAGCUGACAGAUGCUACACAGGUCCGCAGGGACAGGCUACAGGACGCACAUCAGGCUCAGCAGUUUUUCCACCAGGUGGAUGACCUGGAGUCAUGGCUGGGGGAGGUGGAGGUGCAGCUGGGGUCACAGGACCUGGGCAAGGACCUCAUCUCUGUCAAUAACCUCAUCAAGAAACAUCAGCAACUUGAGGCUGAGAUUGGGACCCAGCAGACCAAGGUGGAGGAGAUCCUGGCCUCAGCAUCAGCCUACAGGGACAAACAACACUUCCUGGCAGAUAACAUACAGGAGAGGGCCACAGGUAUCACAGACAGAUUCAACGGCCUAUCAGAGCCAAUGCAGCAACGGCGGGAUAACCUGGAGGACACGCUGGUACUGCAGCAGUUUUACCGGGACGUGGAGGACGAGCUGGCCUGGGUCAGGGAGAAGGAGCCGCUGGCCACCUCCACAGACCUCGGGCAGAACCUCACCUCUGUGCAGAGUCUGCAGAAAAAACAUCAGGCACUGGAAGCUGAGAUCAGUAGUCAUGAGCCACUGAUCGAUGCAGUGCUGAACACAGGACAGCACCUGAUUGGUGGAGAGCACUAUGCUGCAGCAGACAUCCGGUCACGUCUGGAGGAGCUGAUGCGCAGCAUGCAGCAGCUCAGGCAGCAGACAGUACACAGGGCAGAUCAACUGGCAGAGGCUUAUGAGCUACAGAAGUUCUAUGCUGAAGUGAGUGAGGCUGAGUCAUGGAUGAAUGACAGAAGACCUCUCCUCACCAGCACAGAAUAUGGCAAGGAUGAGUACUCUGCACAGGCUCUGCUGAAGAAGCUGGACACCCUUGAGCGCGACCUGGAAGGGUUCAGGUCCACCGUGGAUAGUUUGGCUGUCUUAGCCAAAAGUCUGGUGGACAAGAAACACUACGCUGCAACCAAGAUCAAACAGAAACAGGCCCAGGCACAGAAGCACUUUGCUGCACUUCAGGAGUCAGCAGUUAGGAGGCGUGCCCGACUGGUGGAAUGUCACAAACUGUACCAGUUCUACAGGGAGGCUGAUGAGGUCUGUGCCUGGAUUAGGGAGAAGGGCACAGUUGCUGCCUCAGAGGACUAUGGGAAGGACUUGGAACAUGUGCAGAUCCUCCAGAAGAAGUUUGCAGACUUUGUACAGCAGGUGUCCAACAGUGAGAAGCGGGUGACCUCUGUCAGUGACCUUGGGAAAGCGCUGUGUGACGAGCAGCACACCGACGCAGCUGCCAUCAUUGCGCGAUGCAGCGAGGUCAACCAGCAGUGGUCAGAGCUGAAGGAGAUGACCCAGUCUAGACAGGAGGCCUUAGAUGGAGCCCGCCAGGUGCACACGUUUGACCGUGACUGUGAGGAGACCAAGAGUUGGAUCCAUGAGAAGGAGAUGCAGCUGUCAUCAGAGGACUAUGGACACGACCUGGCCAGCGUGCAGGCUGCUGUCAGGAGGCAUGAGGGAGUUGAGCGUGACCUGGCUGCUCUCGGUGUCCAAGUAGACAGCAUCAACCGGGAGGCGUCUCGGCUGAACACCAUCCUGCCGGACGCCAGGCACCACAUCGACAGCAGGCGUGAGGACGUCGCCAACGUCUGGAAUGCACUCCUGAACAGUGCCCUGGAGAGGAAGGAUCGGCUGCAGCAGGCUGAGAAGCUACAGCUGUACUUCAACGACUUCAGGGAGCUCAUGGCAUGGACCAAAGAGAUGAAGGCCAUUAUUUCCCGACCAGAGGAGGCUAAGGACGUGUCGGGGGUGGAAGCCAUCAUCGCUCGUCAUGUGGAGCACAGAGCCGAGAUUGACGGGCAGCUGGACAACUUUGAGAAGUUUGUGCAGGCUGGACAGGCACUCAUUGACAAGGGCCACUUCCUGGCUGGGGAGGUGCGUGAGAAGGUGGAGCGACUGAACACUGCCCUGGAGGGUCUCCUGCAGCUGUGGGAGGAGCGCAGACAGACCUAUGAGAACAUGUUAGAUGCACAGAUGUUUAAGCGGGAGGCAGAGCAGGCUGAUGCCUGGCUGGACCUGAGAAAGUCUGUCAUAGCUGACGCAGACUAUGGUGACUCAGUCAGUGCAGUGGAGGAACUGUUGAAGAAGCAAGAAGACUUUGAGAAGACACUAGCUGCCCAAGAGGAGAAAUUUUCAGCCCUGAACAGGCUAACUAUGACUGAACAAAGAAGUGAGCAGCACAAGGCAAACCUGGCCCAACUGCAGAAGGAGGAAGAACAAAGGAAGGAACAGCAGAGGCUGGAGGAGAUGAGGAAGAGGGAGCAGGAACGGAUUCUGGAAGAGCGGAGACUGGAACAGGAAAGGAGAAGAGCCAGGGAAGAACAAGAAAGGAAGGAGAGGGAAGCCAAGGAGAGGCUUGUGGCUGAGCAAAACGCACGUCUGGAGGCAGAGGCCAACCGGCUGGAACAGGAGAGGAAUGGACAGGUGACCACAGUGUUGGAACCAAACAGAACACCUGUCCCAGCACCUGUGGUGGCACCCAGGACACCUGUCCAGGUUCCAGCACCUGUGGUGGCACCCAGAACACCUGUCCAGGUGCCAGCACCUGUGGUGGCACCCAGAACACCUGUCCAGGUGCCAGCACCUGAGGAGUUUCAGGCAAGAGGAACACCUUCCCAUGUGACAAUUCCUGUGGCAGCAAAGAGAACAGAUGUCCAGGUGCCAAUGCAGGUAGAUGCAAAAAGAGGACCUUCCCAGAUACCUGCCCAAGCAGUUGCUCAGGAUCGAAGGAGAACAGCACCCCAGGUUCCACCCAAAGUCCAUGUGCCUGUUGCCAGUAAGGUGACCACACCUCCAGUGUCUCCCAGAGAGGAGGAGAAGGAGGACAUGCUGGGUGCAGCAGCUCCUGUAGAGGUAGAACUGCCCAGUGAAACUGUGGUAGCUUCAGCUGCACCGAUGGUGGCGGCAGCACCACCAUUUGGAAAGACAGCUAAGAAGGAAGACGCCCAAGUGGUAAAAGUGGUAGAGCUACCUAACGAUAGUGUGAGGUCAGUAGUCUCCAAGAAAGGGGAGGCCGGCAAGAAGAGACCAGACAUGCAGAGUGAGAGAGAAGGGACACUAGAAAGGAAGCAGGAGCUGCAGCCAAAUGGAAAAAGGUCAACUGUCCGUGCCUGGAAGAGUUACUAUACUGUCCUCUCCGGGCCUCUGUUGUGUUUCUACAAAGAUCAGAAGGACUGGACACAGAGCUCCACAGCCGGGCCCUCCAUCCAACUCCAAGGUGCAACCUGUGAAGUGGCUGUUGACUACCACAAGAAGAAGCAUGUCUUCCGACUCAGACCAUGUGAUGGGUCGGAGUACUUGUUCUCUGCCAAGUCCCACUUGGACAUGAGGCAGUGGAUCAGCAAAGUACAGAUCCAAGCAAAUUUGCCACCUCCAGCACAGCAACCAAACUCCCUAGAACCUGCAUCCUUGAAGGUGCGCACACCCUCCAGCAGUUCAUCAGAAAGUGCCAGGUCAUCGUCCACUGCACCAUCCUCCCCUCCGACAUCCCCACCAGCUAAAAUGGUGAAGCCCCAGGCCCCCAAACCCCCGGUAGCUCCCAAACCGACCUCUCCUGAGGCUCCCAGAACCUGGAGGAGGUACCCGACCCCCACAGAAACCCCCAGCCCGGCCUUCCCUGAGGAAACGUCAUCCCCACGGCAGGAGAAGGCCUUGGUGAAACAGGAAGCUGUUUCAGACUCCCCAAAAGCUGCUGCCAGCAAGGAUGCAGAACCUCAGAGAAAACCUGCCUUGAAGAAGACGCGCAGUGACAGUCCGUCCAGGAUUCCGAGGAAGGCUUCUUUUUCUGGAUCCUCACGAUCAGCAUCACCAAGGUCAGGCUCCCCUCGCCCAGGCUCACGGCCAUCCACCCCGACUAGAAUACCAGUGCCGGACCAGCCCAGCAGGCCGGCUCCUAAACUGCCCAUAGAAAAACAAUCCUCCUCACCAGCAGCCAUCAGACCACCCAUGACCACAUUCAGAGCAGGAGAAAGAGUCAGACUGCCCUCUGACACCUCCAGCCAUUCCUCUGUGGAGGGAAUUCCUCCCAUAAAGGCCUCCCUUAUUGGGACAGAACGGACACGCUUUCCUUCUGAUACAUCUAGUCAUUCCUCAGCAGAAGGAAUCCCUCCAGCCUCCACUCCUCCAAGUGUUAGAAGACUUCAUUCCAGAGGGGGAGACUCACCUACUAACCAGGCCACCGGAUCUCACAUCCCCAUUCGGAAGACUGGUUCCCCUGAGGGGAUACGUAGACCGCCCGGGAGACAGGUGGGCUCGCUUGUCGCUAACCGGGCUAAGGCAUUCCAAAGUGGAGGCAUGAUACAGCCAGGUGGAGCUCCCACCUCUCCACGUCGAACCUUCACCCCCUCCACCCUCAGAUCUGCCUCUAUGGACAGUGAAACCAGUAACAACAGUAACGGUAACAGUAAUGGCACUGAUGCUGUGCCACACAAGGGUGUCCCUCCCCCUCCACACAGAGUCCCCCCACCUCCCCCACAAGCCCCUCCUCCCCCACCGCCUGCAGCCAACAACGUGCAGGCCAACUUCAAGGCCUGCUUGGAUGACCUGGUACAGAAGGUGGAAGACCGCAGAGCAAGGGCCUCAUCAAGUUCCGCAGAGAAUGACAUCAGUGCAAGGCUGUCCACAAGCUCAAAUGCCAGGUCAUCCACAAGCUCCACUGACAACGGAGCCACGACAGACAGCAGCGGGACUCUGCAGGACCCCUUCCAGGAGGUGUUGAGCCUUGCCGGAGAAGCUGACAACACUUCCAUCACAUCAGAGCACAGCACAACGUCGUCACUGACAUACAGCUACACAGACGAUGUUCCUGCUUAUGACCCCUCGGGCCUGCUGCAGGGACCAACCAGAAGGAGAGACAACUCCAUACCAGAGGAUGACCUGCCCCCUCCUCCUGGUCCUGACAAGAAAAUGAAGCCUCGGCAAGGCCCCAGUAAACCUGGUGUCAUUAAGGCAUUUCAGCCAAUCCCUGAACCCAAACGGGAAGGCCCUUCCGUUGUUAACAAAGUCAAGGGCCUAUUUGAAAGUGGUGCUCUGAAGUUGCCAUUUUCAUCUAUGGCAUCUCCAUCACCACCAAAACAGAAAGCGGGAUUUGCCAAGAAGACAAAGGUACCGAAGCUAAACCUGCAGGAGACAGAUGGACAAUCUUCUGCUACUCCCGUACUCCAACAUCCUCCCAUAGAUCCCUUUUGUCACCAAGAGAUCACGUGCAACUGUUCAAUGACAACCUGAACAUGGCACCCACGUCCCUUCCUGGUCCCACUGAGCAGGAGUCAGUGACGUACACAGCCGUGAUGGGAGACCUGAUCCAGCUGGACACUCCCACAAACUCAC